ACGCCGUACGUCAACAUCAAAAUGCAGCAGACAAGCUAGCGUUACCGCGUAUUCGAUGAUUAUAGUCUGGGUUGGUCAAGUACAUCAGUUUCAAUCAAUCAAGAACUUUUGUUGCUAUAGUUAGUUGAUGUGCUGGUGCUAAACAUUAAAAUAUCGAGGUCACUUCAAUGAUCUUCCAAGUUAGCCAGUCAACAUGGUCAACGUGCACAAAGGUGUCCUUGUUGAAUGCGACCCAGCCAUGAAACAGUUCCUCUUGUACCUGGAUGAAACCAUGGCCCUGGGGAAGAAGUUUAUCUUGAAGGACUUGGAUGACACACACGUGUUCAUCCUGGCAGAGGUGGUCCAAACCCUGCAGGAGCGAGUGGGAGAGCUGAUGGACCACAACUCGUUUCCCAUCACCCAGAAAUGAGACUUUUUUUUAUUUUUUAAAGACACAUCCUCUUUGUUUUGAGCUUCUGAGUAUUUUCUGCUUAGUUUAUCUUGAUAAGUAGACCCAUACCUCUUUCUCUUUGCAUCAUUAAAAUGGUGAAAUGAACAUUA